AGCCCAGGCCUGCUGCGAUCGCUGACCGUUGCUGGCGCAAAAAGCAUCCCUGCUUGCCGCGAUAGAACCGCAACCUUCAACGUCUUGUCAAUAAUGUCGAAAGCUUGCGGGCGAUUGUCGGUAAGCAGACAAGAGGCGCGGACAGCGGGAGGAAGUCAGCUGCGACGCGGGACGUUCACGCUCCGAGGGACACGAAAAGGAAAGCGCGUGGGACGCGACUGCCACGCUUAUGGCCAGGCAGGUAUACCGACCGCAGCUGACCUCUUUGUUGAUGCAUGUUGCCGCUGAGUAUGAGUAACACCCCCGAUGCGCGAAGCCGUGGGAGCGGCGACGACUCAGAGAUUCCAUGUGUCGUGCCACACGAGAUGCGAUGGAGCGGCGUCUUUGACUGGACGGGAGGGUGGCUCUGCGCGACGUUCGGGAUGCCGUUAUCGUGGGCACACCCCGAAAGCUGCGUUCUGUGCUCGGCAGUCGAAGCCAGGAAGGCAAUGCGGCUGCCAUGUGCUCGCCUGUGCCGCCAGGGACAAUGGGAUUGUCGCGAGCAGACGCUGUCCCGAAGGCGUUGGUUUAGAGUUGCUCGCCGCUCGGUACCUGGCUUGUCUCCCUUGUCGCUGGACAGGCCGACGCGAUGGUCCCAGGGGCUCUCCGCAUUCGAGCGCCGUCGGAACAUUACUUAAUCAUGUACCAUGUCUCGAUCGCCCAGGGCGGCUAACCAACGACCUCUCGAGCGCAAAACGUUUCUCACGCAUGAGAUUCUGGAAAGCUGUCAACCGAGCGCAUGAAUGGGCGCCCAAACGCGCGGCCUGUUUCACAAGGCGGGCCCAGGGCUCAAGCAACGAGUGCGCACGGCGAGGGCUUGACACUGGCGAUGGGCGAGUGUUGAGCCUGGCAGGCAGAAUGACGGGCGCCGUCGUGAUUCGACGCGUGCGCGCGGGCUCGCUCUACGUCGUGACGGCUAAUGUGGGUGCUCGCGACGAGAGAUUGUUUAUCGACGCGUGCAGGCGCGUCGCAUAAGGCCAAUUUCUCGCAUUAUAGGUGCCGUUCAGGGAUGCAUUAAACAUGGCCAGCUGCCGAGUCCGCGAAACUAGUCACCCUGGACGCACGGCCACUGACCUCAUCGCUUCGAUUCGCAUCGCAUGAAGUUGGAGGACGCGGACGCGCCCCCGAAGGAUCCUCUCCAGGCAUGUCGACCGCAUUCGUACACACGUGC